CUGCCCCCCCAAGGGAGCCGAUCACCCAAACUGGCUGAGGCACCUUCAGCUGCACUCACUGCCUGGCACCCCUGACUGUGGAAAGAAUUCCGGAUGAGUCCCAAGGGUGUGUCUGGAUGGAGGACGAGGAAAAGCCCUGGAGAUCGCGCACAAGGAGGGGCUGCAAACCCAGCCCAGGGAGCUGCGGGGAGGAAGGAGCCCCCCUGAGCCAGGAAGGUGGCCGGAGAUCCAUCCAGAUCUCAGAGCUGGUGGAGAAGCCUCAUGGCAGGGAGAAGCCUCACAAGUGCUUGGAAUGUGGGAAGUGUUUUAGUCGGAGCUUAGACCUGACCGAGCACCAGGUGAUCCACACUGGGGAACAGCCCUACGAGUGUGGGGAAUGUGGGAAGUGUUUCAGCUGGAGCUCCAGCCUGAGGCGGCACCAGGUGAUCCACACUGGGGAGAGGCCCUUUGAGUGUGAGGAGUGUGGGAAGAGCUUCAGCCAGAGCUCCGUCCUGAUGCGACACCAGAGGAUCCACACUGGGGAAAAGCCCUUUGAGUGUGGGGAGUGUGGGAAGAGCUUCAGGCUCAGGGGCCAACUGAAGCAACACCAGAUGAUCCACACCGGGACGCCUUACGAGUGUGGGGAAUGUGGGAUGAGCUUCAACCAGAAGGGCCACCUGCUGCAACACCAGAGGAUCCACACAGGAGGAAAGCCCUAUGAGUGUGGCGAGUGUGGGAAGAGCUUCAGCCAGAGCUCUGGCCUGAGGAAACAUGAGAGGAUCCACACUGGGGAAAAGCCCUAUGAGUGUGGGGAGUGUGGGAAGAGCUUCAGCGUGAAGUGCCAGCUGACGGAACACCAGAAGAUCCACACUGGGGAAAAGCCCUACAAGUGUGGGGAAUGUGGGAGGAGCUUCAGGGAAAGCUCAGCCCUGAUUCGGCACCAGGUGAUCCACACGGGGGAACGGCCCUACACCUGCUUGGAAUGUGGGAAGAGCUAUGGGUGGCACUCGGACCUGAGAAAACACCAGCAGCGUGUUCACUCUGGGGAGAAGCCCUACGAGUGUUCUGAGUGUGGGAAGAGGUUUCACAGGAGCUCCGAUCUCCUCGUACAUGAGCGGAGUCACACAGAGGAGAGGCCCUUCCGCUGCCCUGACUGCGGGAAGGGCUUCAAGCAAAACUCCAAACUCAUCAUCCACCGGCGCAUCCACACUGGGGAGAGGCCCUACGAGUGUCCUGAGUGUGGGAUGAGAUUCUCACAGAGCUCAAUCUUGACCAAACACCAACGGAGGCGCCACUAAGGGAAGCCCUGUGAAUACCCCAAGUUCAGGAAGAGCUUCGUGUGCUGCUCCAGCUCCAUCCCCCAUGGGAGGAUCCAUGUUGGGUGGUCCCCAGUGACCCUCACUGGGCAGAGCCCUGGUGAUCCAUGGUCUUGGUGAUCUGUGUUGAGAAGACACCUGGCUGGGUGGCUUCACAUCUUCCUGGCUCCCUGUGGGCACGUGGAUUUAUACAGGGGCAGGAACAUCCAUUGGGAUGCAGACCAACAAUGGGAAUUCCUUGGGGAGAGCGAAUUUGUUGACUUUCACCCCCAUAAAAUCUUUUGCAUUCAAUCCUAUCUUCUGGUGGCAUCAAGGAAUACUGAAUGGUCUUGGAGGUCUUUUCCAAUUUCAGGGAUGCCAUGAUUUUGAUUUCCUAUUGCCCAAAGGUGUCUUUGGCAGCCAAAUGGUGAAAAAGUGGGGAAAAGACCAAGAUUUUUGAGACACUGGGGUGGAAACUUUUUCCCUCCCACCAAGCACACAGGUCCUCUGCCAGCAUGGACACAGAAAUCCUUUUCUUUUGGCCUUGAUUUUCUUUUCAUUUUUCUUCAUCCCUUUAAAAUAUCUGAUAUUGGGGGUAAAAAUAAAGACAUUGAAUUAAGAUAUGCAUGUGGUCAUGGUAGGACACAGAAAUGGAGAGCAACAUGGGGACAUAUGGUCAUGGAUGGGAAUGGGGACAUGGGGGGACAUGGGCAUGGAUGGAGAUGUGGGGAACAAUGAUAGGGAUGGACACAUGGUGGGGAGACAGCCAUGGGUGAGGACAUGGUGGGACAUGGGCAGUGACAUGUGGGGACAUGGCCAUGGCC